CCUACAAAGGUAAAGUAGAGUGUCUAUUUAAAAAGCAUUAUUCCAAUCCAACACACAUCGAAAAGAAGACCCAACCUUUGACGACACUUUCGUCGGUCACUGAUUUGGUUCAACUCCCUAUAUUAUUUUUGUUAACCCACCUCACCUUCUUAUCAUUUCUUGCUCACUCAAAAUCCAAUCUUUCCAUCCCUGACGGCUUGACCUUCUUUUUCUACUCUCUUAGUUGCUUCCCACCAUUUUAGCAAGCGACUUGGAAAUUGAAUACCAGGCUCAGGAAGAAGCAUCUGAUCAGCGAUGCUGAAAAUGGGUCUUCUUCCUCUCUCUAUCCUCUUUCUUUUCUUUUCCAUUUCCAGAGGUGAGAUCUCAAGUCAAGUGGGAAUAAACUACGGUCAGCUAGGGGACAAUCUUCCAUCUCCAAAACAAUCAGUUAAGCUAAUACAAUCCCUCGGAGCCAAACGCGUCAAAAUCUACGAUGCAAAUCCGGACAUCCUUAACGCUCUCAAAGACACAAGUCUCCAAGUCUCGAUCAUGGUCCCAAACCAACUCCUAACCAACAUCUCCACCAAUCAGACACUAGCCGAUUCCUGGGUCCAAUCCAAUGUGGUCCCUUUUUACCCAAAAACCAAAAUCCGAUACCUACUCGUCGGCAACGAAGUCAUCAGCAGUUCCCCUAAAGAAACCUGGUACAGCAUCGUACCAGCCAUGCGAAAAAUAAAAAAUUCCUUAAAAACCCACAGCCUCAACAAAAUCAAAGUCGGUACCUCAAUGGCAAUGGAUGUCCUGGAAUCGUCAUUUCCACCUUCGAACGGCACGUUCCGAUCUGAUAUUGCUGGUCCGAUCCUUAAACCGAUGUUACAGUUUUUAAGCCGGACCAAAUCUUUCUACUUCCUUGAUGUUUACCCAUAUUUCCCUUGGUCGAGCGAGCCCAAAAAUAUUAACCUCGAUUACGCGCUUUUCGAAUCCCGAACCAUAACAUACACCGACCCGGUAUCCAAUUUUACCUAUACUAAUAUGUUUGACCAGAUGGUUGACUCGGUUGUUUUCGCAAUGAAAAAACUCGGGUACCCGGAUGUUCGGAUCUGGAUUGCAGAAACGGGUUGGCCCAAUGCCGGCGAUAUCGAUCAAAUCGGAGCCAACAUUUACAAUGCCGCUACAUACAACCGCAAUGUUGUAAAGAAACUAACUGCCAAGCCAGCAAUUGGGACUCCGGCCCGACCAGGAUGGGUUCUCCCGUCUUUCAUAUUUGCCCUUUAUAAUGAGAACCAGAAGCCGGGUCCUGGAACUGAACGGCAUUUCGGGUUGUUGUAUCCUAAUGGGUCCAAUGUGUACGGGAUCGAUUUGAGUGGGGAGACGCCGGAUUCGGAUUUCGAGCCGUUGCCAAAGCCGGAUAAUAAUGAGCCGUAUAAGGGGAAGAUUUGGUGUGUGGCGGCUAGAGGAGUUAAUGCGAGCGAGUUGGGUUCGGCAUUAUCGUACGCGUGUUCGCAGGGGAAUAAAACUUGUGACCCGAUUCAAGCCGGAAAGAAAUGCUUCAAACCGGAUUCGUUGUUUUGGCACGCGAGUUACGCCUUUAGCUCUUACUGGUCGCAGUUAAAGCAGACUGGUGCGACCUGUUACUUUAACGGCUUGGCUACUCAGACGGCUAAGGAUCCAAGUUUUGGACGCUGCAAGUUUCCAAGUGUGACUCUUUGAAGAAGCCUUACACAAUCCAAUGACUGGGAUUUUAGGAGGUCCUCCUUAGACAGUGAUUUGGGUCCCCCUUUUACUCGUUUGUAUUGAAGAGGGAGCGAGAGAUACUUGAAGAUAAGAUAAUUAUUUCUAGUAAUUUUUUGUAGCCUAGCCCCUUCUCAAUUUCCAGGAAAUUUCCAUGAUUAGUAAAAUGGGCACCCAAAUCACUUUGCUGUAAUCAGUCGUUCUCACUUGUUAAUCUCAGGUACUUGAUAUUGUUUGCUGUGCCGUAUUAGUCUAUUCCGGAAAGCUUCAUUUCAACAACGGCUAAUUGUUUUACUUUUCAUCGUAUAAAUAAAAGCAACGGGUAUUCGGUUGGUGUUGGUCUUUA